GAAUACACACACCGGUUUAAUCAAAUGGUUGGUUUAAACUACAUUUGAGAUUUUCCAGAGAAAGGAAACGUAACGAUGAGCGAGACGAGACCAGUGCCGAGGAGAGAGAGUCCAUGGGGUUUACCGGAAGGUCACCGUGAGCCCAAAGCUCACCGCUGCAACGAUCGCGUCGAGGACGUCGUCCAGGCGUUUUUCGAGGGGAACCCGUUUAAGACGGUUCCAGGACCUUUUAAACUAUUCUACCGUUGCAUGCGCUCUAAGCCAGGAGAGGAACCAACAGAGCCAUUCACAUACCUCGACUUGGAACCUCCAAAAAGAGAAGCAAAACUUGAGUAAAGCUAUCACUCUUUUAUUUGUUUCCUUCGAACUUUUCAACUGAGCAUGUAAUUGCCAACACUCUGAUGUUUUGUUUCUUUUCAAUAUGCAUCAACGAUAUCCUCUUGUUUUUUUGUCAUAAUGCUAAUAAAAAUUGGUUCUUGGAGUUCCGUUUCAA